AUGGACCCCCAUCUCGAUCCUACCACCGCUCUGCUCAACCCAGAGAUGGACAAGAAUGCAGCCAGCCCAAUGGAGCUUGAGGAGCCAGUGUCUGUUCUUGAUGCAAAGGCUUUUGCCGAAAAGCAUCUCGCAGAUCUUGGGCAAGAGGAGCAGGAUUUCGCCGUAUGCACAUGGAACAUCAAGGGCUGGCGUACACUAGACAAGAGGCUCACAGGUCCUGAGUUCGAGUGCGGUGGUCACCGAUGGCGCAUACUCCUUUUCCCCUUCGGUAACUCCAAUGGUCAACCUAACGAUAUGGUCUCAGUCUACCUCGACUACGCCGAUCCAAAAGGUAGUCCCGAGGGCUGGCACGUCUGCGCACAGUUCGCUCUCGUCAUCUCAAAUCCACAAGACCCUACCAUCUUCUCUACCAGUCAAGCCCAUCAUCGCUUCACAGCCGAGGAGAUGGACUGGGGGUUUACUCGUUUCAACGAACUCCGCAAACUCGCGGUCCCUACCGACGGUCGAAGCAGACCCAUCAUCGAGAACGACUGCGCCAAUGUCACCGCUUACGUCCGUGUUCUCAAGGACCCAACUGGCGUCCUCUGGCACAAUUUCAUCAACUACGACUCCAAGAAGGAGACCGGCUACGUCGGACUCAAGAAUCAAGGUGCCACAUGCUACAUGAACUCGCUCCUUCAGUCCCUUUUCUGCACACACUACUUCCGCAAGGCUGUCUACCAAAUACCCACCGAAGGCGACAUCCCAUCCGAGAGCGUAGCUUUGGCGCUUCAACGGGUCUUCUACUUGCUUCAGACAUCAGAUCAGCCUGUCGGCACCAACGAGUUGACCAAGUCAUUCGGAUGGAAGUCGCUCGAUAGUUUCCUCCAGCACGACGUGCAGGAGUUCAACCGUGUCUUGCAGGAGAAGCUCGAGACCAAAAUGAAGGGCACCGCUGCAGAUGGCGCCAUCACUCGUCUCUUUGUCGGCAAGAUGAAGUCCUACCUCAAGUGUGUCAAUGUCGACUACGAGUCGUCGCGAUCAGAAGAUUUCUACGACAUCCAGCUCAACGUCAAGGGCAUGAACGACCUCGCCGACUCCUUCCGUGACUAUGUUCAGACCGAGAUGCUUGAGGGCGACAACAAGUACCACGCUGAAGGAUAUGGUCUGCAAGACGCCAAGAAGGGUGUCAUCUUUGAAAAAUUCCCUCCUGUCCUGCACUUGCAGCUCAAGCGAUUCGAGUACGACAUCGAGAAGGACUCGAUGGUCAAAAUCAACGACCGUCACGAGUUCCCACUCGACAUUGACCUUGCUCACUAUAUUGACAAGGAGUCGCCGCUUAGCAAGGAGGACUGGAAUUAUAAGCUGCACGGUGUCCUCGUCCACUCGGGCGACUUGCACGGUGGUCACUACUUUGCACUACUCAAGCCCGAAAAGAACGGCAAGUGGUUCAAGUUUGACGAUGACCGUGUUACACCCGUCACUGAGAAGGAGGUACUCGAAGACAACUACGGAGGCGAAAUCACUAACGGCCAUCCCGCAGGUCAGAUUGGUGCUCGGGCUCCUGUGCGUGCCAUGAAGCGCUUCACCAACGCCUACAUGCUUGUCUACGUUCGCGAACGAGAUAUCGACGAGGUCCUCAAGCCAUUGGCACCCGAAGACACACCUAUUCACCUGCGACAGCGACUCGAAGACGAGCGGAUGCAGAUGGAGGCUCGCAAGCGUGAGCGUGAGGAGCAGCACCUCUACCUUACUGUCAAGCUCAUCACCGAGGACACCUUCCGCGGCCACCAGGGCUUCGAUCUUGCCACCUUCGAGGAGCGCAACUUGCCAGCUACAGACCUGCCAACAUUCCGCGUGCUGAAGAAUGAGCUCUACCUCAACUUUAAGUCGCGCAUCGCAGCUCAGUACAACUUGCCCGAGGAGAACAUUCGCAUGUGGGUCUUGGUCAACCGUCAGAACAAGACGGUGCGACCUGACACUGUGGUGCCCGAGAACGAUCCAAGCCUCACACUCGAGACGGUUCGCGACCGAAUGGCAUCGCGCCAGCACGACUUGCGCCUCUUCCUCGAGAUCGUCAACAAUGACAUCCCCAACAACGAGGCCAAUCCUUCGAUGAUGAUCUUCCUCAAGUACUUUGACACUUCCCGACAGACGCUGCUCGGUGUCUCGCGUGUCUACGUUCAGCGCCACAUGAAGGUGGGCGACUUGGUGCCAACCAUCAACGAGCUCAUGCGCUGGCCACCAACUACGCAGGUCAAGCUGUUUGAGGAGAUCAAGCCUGGAAUGAUCGAGCAGAUGAAGCCUAAGGCGACUUUCUCCCAGAGCGAGAUCCAGGAUGGAGAUGUUAUCUGCUUCCAGAUCGAGCUGUCCGAAAAAGACGCACACGAUUACGAGUCACAAUCGCUCUACUCGAACCCGAUCCAGUUCUACGAUUUCUUGCAGAACCAAAUCAAGGUCCUCUUCAAGCCACGCUUCGAGGAUGUCGACUACAAGGCUGAGUUCGAGUUGACACUCAGCAAGAAGAUGACGUACGACAUGAUGGCUGCCAAGGCAGGCGAGCGUCUCAAGCAUGACCCCUUCAAGCUUCGCUUCACCACAGGCAACGGUCCCAACGGCACACCCAAGACAGUGCUCAAGCGAACUGCCAACCAGACGGUCAACGAGAUUGUUUCGCCAAGUUACAUCCAAGGUCAAGCCUCGUUGUUGUACUACGAGCUUCUCGAUGUCAGCAUUAUCGAGUUGGAGACCAAGCGCAAUCUCAAGAUCUUCUGGUGUGGUAUCAACAACAAGGAAGAUUCGGUGCAUCAGUUCCUCUUGCCCAAGACGGCUAGCAUUGUCGAGGUGACAGAUCAGCUUGCUAAGCAGGUCAAGCUUACACCGAACGGGACCGGCAAAGUGCGUUUAUUCGAGGCAAUUCUCAACGGACGUCAACAGCGAGAGUUUAACGGUGUUGAAAUGAUCGGUAACAUUGGUGAAAAUGCCGAAUUGUUUGCUGAGGAGAUUCCAUUGGAAGAGCUCAGCUUGACGGAGGACGAUAAGAUUAUCAACGUUUUCCACUUCAGUAAGGAGUUGGUACGAACUCACGGUGUGCCUUUCCGAUUUGUUGUAAAGCGCAACGAGCCAUUCCGAGAGACAAGGAGAAGGUUGCAAGAGAGGCUCGAGGUUCCUGAGAAGGAAUUUGCCAAGUACAGGUUUGCUCUGGUUCAGUCAUCGACCUACAAACAACCGACUUAUUUGGAAGACGAAGACUUGUUGUACGAGCACAAGUUCCAGCCAGAUGACGCAUUGGGCUUGGAUCACCCAGAUCGAUCCGGUAGGGCAGGAAGAUUCGGUAACAAUGUUGUACAGGAUAAAGGUAUUCGUAUCCGUUCCUAA